GGGAAUGUGUUUUACUGAAUUUCAAUCCACUUUAUCAAUUGCUCUUUAAGUCCAGAAGUGGCUCUUUCCUGGCCUCAGUCACCAUCAGCAUUCCGUUGUCAGCUUAUUCCUGCUGCUUGCAACAAAGGCACUUCACUCAGCUAGGGUAUUGUCGCGCCUCAGCCCUCUCGGGAUUGAGCACACGACUGCCCAUUGCAUAAGACAGCAACUUCUCACCAUGGCCAAAAAAGCAGCCAAAAAUCUAACCGUCCGUAACGCCGCCCGUCUCCAACAGACGCAUCUCAUCACUCUAGCCAUCAACUCAGUCUUCCUCCUUUCACGCUUCACGUUCCGUCGUUCGCUCUCCCUAAAAAGCUACGUUUGUUUCUCCCUUCCAGGAGCCAUCAUUGAAUUCUACCUCGACCGCGUUGCUCGACCUACUUACGCUGCCGAUGGGACGAUACGAAGUGGAGGUGAAGAUCUUGAUGCUGAAGGUCUGACUGAGUUCAUGUGGGAUGUCCUCUACUGGACCUGGAUCAACGUGAUCCUGGUGAUUAUAUUGGGCAAUCGAGCUUGGUGGCUGUACCUCGUUGUUCCUGGAUAUGCCAUCUACGCCGCUGUCACUACCGCGAGCGGACUCAAGGGCAUGCUAAGCGGGAUGUCUGGCGCUGGCGGAGGAGGCGGAGGAGGCGGAGAGGGAGAAGGUAGUGCAUCGCAGAGCAAGCGGCAAGCCAAGAUGGAAAAAAGAGGAGGCCAGCGAGUUGCAUAUCGAUGAGCGAGCGGAUCUAAUGAACAUAAUGCCCUCAUAUACCUAUGAUUUCCAUACCGUGUAUACUAUGCAC